CCCGCCCCCUCUUGGGGAGCUUCUCCUGCGGCUGGCGCGCAGUCAGUGUCGUUUGUUCCAUUUAACAACUUCAGCCGCCCGAAAGGGAGGAAAAAAGGGAAGGAAGGAAAAGAGAGCGAGCGAGAGUGUCCCUCUGUGCGUGUUGUUGUUUUUCCUCUCUCUCUCUCUCUCCUCCUCCUCCUCGUUUGGGAACGAACGACUGGGAAAAGGUCUGCCCUUGGUGGGAGGAGAAGGAGGAGGAGGAAGAGGAGGGGAGGAGGACGGAGCCCAGGGAGAAGCAGCCGAGCUGGGGGGUCCCCCGGCGAAAGUGGUGGCGGGGGAGGCGGCUGCGGUGCGCGCGCGUGUGUGGCGAGGGAGGGGGGCGGCACCCCCGUUCACUAAAGCAGCGGCGGGGGUGUGUGUGGGGGGGGGGGGGCUGAGAGAGAGAGAGAAAGGGACGGGAGAGGGAGGGAGAGGCGUCCCCACCCCCCUCAUUACCCGCUCGGGGUGUCAAUUUGCAGCCGGAGCUCCUCCCCCCGCCCCGGCCCCUUGCUCGCAUUCUCGACCCUCCCCGGGUGGGCUAGGCAGGGGACCCCGCCGGCCGCCGCCGGAGCCUUCCUCGCGCGCCUCGGGGGUGCCGCCGCCUCCUCCUCCUCAGCAUUAUCAUCAUCAUCAUCAUCGCCGUCCUUCUUCUUCUUCUUCUUCUCCUUCUUUUCCCGCCUCUCCUCCUGGAGCAGCCGCCGCCGCAGCGCCUUCCCCGCGGCGCCUCCCCCUCCAGAGUGUCAAAACUUUGUUCGGGCGGCGGCAGGACGGGGCUGAGGCAGGCGGGGUGCGGGGAGCGGCCCCCCGCCGCACCGGGACCCCGCCGCACCAUGCCGCAGCUGCAGCCGGCCGGCGCGGGGGGCGGCGGCGGCGGCGGGGCCGGCGGCGGCGGCGACGACCUGGGCGCCCCGGACGAGCUCAUCCCCUUCCAGGACGAGGGCGACGAGCAGGACAAGAGCGCCGGGGGGCGCGGCUCGGCGCACGGCGACUUGGACGAGCUCAAGUCGUCGCUGGUCCACGAGUCCGAGAACCGCAGCGGCGGCGGCGGCAGCGCCUCCGGCUCCGACUCGGAGGCGGAGAGGCCGUCGCAGCAGCCCCGGGAAAGUUUCCAGAAGCCGCGGGACUCCCCCGCCGAAGUAAUCAGAAGACAGCAGGAUGGAAGUUUUUUUAAAGGAACUCCCUAUCCAAGUUAUCCUUUCUUGAUGAUACCAGAACUGGGAAGCCCAUACCUACCGAAUGGAGCUUUGUCCCCAACUGGUGCUCGCACAUACUUGCAGGUGAAGUGGCCACUGCUUGAUGUACCAUCUGGAGCGACACUGAAGGAUGCAAGGUCCCCCUCUCCUGCUCAUUUAUCAAACAAAGUUCCCGUGGUGCAACACCCACAUCAUAUGCACCCACUGACACCACUCAUCACCUACAGUAAUGACCACUUCUCACCCGGCUCGCCACCCUCCCACCUCUCACCAGAAAUUGACCCAAAGACAGGAAUUCCACGACCACCUCACCCUUCAGAGCUGUCCCCUUAUUACCCAUUGUCUCCUGGUGCCAUUGGCCAAAUUCCUCAUCCCUUGGGAUGGCUCGUACCACAGCAAGGACAACCUGUGUAUUCCAUUCCCCCAGGUGGGUUCAGACAUCCAUACCCAGCCUUGGCUAUGAAUGCUUCAAUGUCCAGCUUGAUGUCUAGCAGGUUUUCUCCUCACAUGGUUCCUCCUCCUGCUCAUGGACUUCACCCCUCAGGAAUUCCACACCCCACCAUUGUCUCACCCAUUGUUAAACAGGAGCCGACACAGCCCAGCCUGAGUCCUGAAGGGAGCUCAAAAACUCCUGUCAUCGUCAAGAAGGAGGAGGAGAAGAAGCCCCAUAUAAAGAAACCGCUGAAUGCGUUCAUGUUGUACAUGAAGGAGAUGCGGGCCAAGGUGGUGGCGGAGUGUACACUCAAAGAGAGUGCGGCUAUCAACCAGAUCCUAGGAAGAAGGUGGCAUUCAUUGUCCCGUGAGGAGCAAGCCAAGUACUAUGAACUAGCCCGGAAAGAACGACAGCUUCAUUCUCAGCUCUACCCUACCUGGUCUGCACGAGAUAACUAUGGUAAGAAAAAGAAGAGAAAACGAGAGAAACAACCUCAGCAACAAAUCCAGGAAACAGGGAAUUUGAUGACCUCAAAGAGUAAAAAGCCCUGUGUGGCCUACCUGCCAGCUGAGAAAUCCUGUGACAGCCCCGCGUCCUCUCAUGGCAGCAUGUUGGAUUCUCCAGCCACACCCUCCACCGCCUUGGCCUCUCCCGCAGCUCCUGCUGCUACCCAUUCGGAACAGGCUCAGCCCCUGUCUCUGACCACCAAGCCUGAAGCCAGGGCCCAGCUUUCUCUGCACUCGGCUUCUUUCUUGUCAAGCAAAGCUGCCUCCACUUCCUCCAGCUUAACCAGCCAGUCCUCACUCCUCUCCAGACCUCUCCCAUUCACCUCCAUGCCUCCCGCAGCUCUCCUGACCACGCCUUCCUUUGCAGCCAUCCCUUCUCCUCAGGCUGCUUUGGCUGUGUUGCAGGCCCAGCCGCUCUCCUUGGUAACCAAAUCGGCUGAAUGAGGAAGACGCCCAGCCUGCCUCCCUGCUGAAGCCACAAUUGAGAUUACAAAGCAGACAAGCCAUUUAUUGGUCAAUAUUUGACCCUUUCUGAACUCUUCCAUAAGGUGACUCUUGAGGAAGAAGGUGCUCUACUCUCAGAGUUGUUUUCAGUAGUCUGUCUAAAGACCAUUUUUAAUUUUUUUUAAAAAGCAAAAAAAUAAAAUAAAAAAAUCCCACAAAAUUUUUUUACAAAACCCUGAACAAAGUGAAAACGAAAGAAGGCAAGCCAAAUCUUUUGUUGUUAUCAGUGCCCCCUGGGGUAUGUGGACUUGUACAGAUGGAUCAUCUCUCAAUGAUGUUUGCAUGUUUUGUUAUAUUGCUAACUUUUGCUAUUCCCCAUCCCCCUGGCCAGGCAGCGUUUUGAUUUAUGCUACUUACUCCAGCCAAGCCUGCAGUUCUAUCAUUUUGGAAAAGCUUUCCGAAGUUACCAGAAGACACAAUGCCACAGAAAUAUAGUGCCUCACUGAUUCAGAUCUGCCAAGCCCUGGGGAAGCCAAGAUACUUUUCCUGUACUCUGAACAACCAGGAACAUGGCAGGACAAUCCUUCCUGUUUCCUCACAGAAGUAUUUUUGGGUAGCAGGAAGUAUGGGGAAAGGCUUUGGGGAAUCACCUGUUAUUUUAACGAAGGAAAAUAAAUCUGCAUCUUAACUUCC